AUGUACAAGUGCCAUGAGGCCUCCUCCUCCAACUACACCCCGCACAGUAUCCGCCACCGACACCUACCAAACAUACCCAACCAUAAAGAACCCCAAUCUCAAUGUCCAUCCCCCCACCCCCCACCCCCCUCCCCCUCCGCCUCCCCCCCGCUCCCCCUCCUCCAAUGCGACACCCUCCACACCCAACUCACAAAGUUCCACUCCACGGUGUCCAUCUACCGGGAGCUGUUCUCCAAGCCCGGCGCGCGCACCGUCAACUGGGCGCCGCUCAUGGACGUGAAGUAUACACAGCUAGUACAACACAACGCGUCACUUAAGGCUGUCAAAGCUACCCUCGACGACAAGGCCGACCGCACGGCGGAGGAGGAGGAGGCGUAUAAGGGGGUGUGGAGCCUGUAUUUGGCGGCGCUGCAGGGGUAUGGGGACUUGUGCGAGGUGUUGAAACCGAGGGCGGGGGCGGCGGUGGCGACGGUGGGGGUGAGGGCGUUGGAGGGAAUGAGGGGGGAGGGGUGGGUGGAUUGGGGGGUGGGGAGUGUGAGGAGGGAGGGGUGGGGGAGGUAG